GCCGGACGCGGAGGCACUUUGGGUUGUUCGGAGCUCAUGUUGGCUACUCGUGUAACGGCAAGGAAAUGGUGGAAUCAAGGAGAACACUGUAGUAAUCGAUCAGUCCUGCUGGCCUUGCGACCUGAAUGUUGGAGAUAUGGCGUCUUGGGUGUAGAUAUCAAAAAAGGAAAGCGUGCAACACCGCCACAUGUCUCAUUGGUCCGCUCAACGCCAGUGCCUUUCCCAGCAGCAGCGAGGGCUCGCCAAUGACUUUUCUGCCACAAGGUAUCUAAGGUGCAGAUCCGCGAUAAGCCAAUCCAUGCAUGCAGACUUACCACGCUGAAAUCAGUCGACCUGAGAAUGGUCGUUUGCAGAC